AAGUUGGAGUUGCAGAGGAGAGAGUGAACAGCCUUAGACGUAAGUUUGCAAUGUCGUCAGUAGCCUAUUUCACCCACAAGGGGAUCCCUUUCCCCAUGCAAGUGCACACGGAGGAAAGCAUCAACUAUGUGGAAAAUGAAUUUCAAGUACAGGACGAUGAUAUAUUUAGUAUCACUUACCCCAAAUCAGGAUCCCAUUGGAUGUCGGAGAUCUUGGGCUUGAUCCAGAAGAAUGGGGACCCCACGUGGGUACGCAGUGUGUCAAUGUUUACGCGGACCCCCUGGAUAGAGACUGCUAUGGGCCAAGAGACGGCCUUGAAAUAUCCUCCACCCAGGCUGCUCUCCUCUCACCUUCAGUUCCAGCUUUUCCCCAAGUCCUUUCUCCACUCCAAGGCCAAGGUGAUCUACACUUCGCGCAAUCCCAAAGAUGUGCUGGUCUCACACUACUAUUUCUCUAAGGCCGUCAAACUGUGGAAGGACCUUGGGACCUUGGAAGAGACGCUGAAGGAGUUCCUGAGUGGGAAUGUGCCUUAUGGUUCUUGGUUUGAUCAUGUGAAGAGCUGGAUACCAAUGAAGGACAGAGACAAUGCCUUCUUUAUUACCUAUGAAGAGUUGCAGCAGGAUCUACGAGGCAGUGUUGAGAGGAUCUGCCACUUCCUUGGGAAGGAGCUCAGUAGCCAGCAAAUUGACUCUGUGGUGGAAAAUGCCUCUUUCCAGAAGAUGAAGGAUAACAAGAUGUCCAAUUUCACCUUAGCUGGAGAUCUCAUCAUGGACCACAAGAAGGGGAAACUCAUGAGAAAAGGAAUCUCUGGGGACUGGAAGAACCACUUGACUGUGGCACAAAGUGAACUCUUUGACCGUGUCUAUCGGGAGAAUAUGCGGGGUGUGAACAUGACCUUCCCAUGGGACUGAAGAAUCCCAGAGUGUUCUGCAUUCCCCACAGAACAGACGUGUCAUCUGGUCCAGAUCUAGGGUUCCCAGAUGGCAGGAGAUCCCCCAAUUUUGGAAGUUUUUGCCUGCUGGCAGCCAGCUGGCUAGCUUGAGAAGCCCCACCCCCAAAGAGCAAUGCCAGUGUGAAAUGUCCCUGAUAGGGUUAGAGGGACGCUACGGAUAAAAGGGGGCUCACACUGUAGAAUCACAGUGACAACAUCAGGAUGCAUACAACGUGGAUUCCAAUGUCUCUACACUAAUGCACAGAUUAUGGGAAACAAACAGGAGGAACUGGAAGUCCUAAUAAAGGAAGGAGACUAUGACAUAAUAGGCCUUACAGAAACAUGGUGGGAUGACACUCACAACUGGAAUAUUAGGAUUCAGGGGUACAACUUAUUUAAAAGGGACAGGCAAAUGAGAAAGGGUGGAGGCGUAGCAGCAUAUGUGAAGGAGGUAUAUACUUGUGAGGAAAUAUGUGAAUCAGAGCAUGGCAGCUCAGUUGAGAGUCUCUGGGUAAAAAUAAAAGGAGUAAGAAA